AAUAAAUAAUCUCAAAUGAAAAAUUUUCACUAAAGAUAUUUUAAAAUAAUAUAAUAUUAAUAUAAAGAACAACACUACUGGGUUGGCUCGAGCCCUCGAGAUAGCUGGCUCGAGCUAAAGAAAUCACUCUUUGAAGGUUUUGUCCUAUAAAUUUCAUCAAUCAAAUGGUAUUUUGCCUCUUUUCACAGGAGCUUCUCCACCAAGGAGGAUUUGGAUUCACUUUGUGCUCGCCAGUACUGUUCCUCGACUCCAGCUCCUCGAGAUCGAACCAGUAUGGUGUCAUCCGUGGUCGUCACUGUGAUCUCCAUGUCCGUAACCGCGUUUCUCUCAUACCUGCCCUGGCACAAGGAGAAUUAUUUACCCUUUACCUCCAACAAGAAGAAAAAGAGGAAGAACCAAGAAAUGGGGUUAUCGAUGCUGUUGGAAACAAUCCCUUGACUCGCCUCAACAGUCUCUCUUAAGCUACUGGCUGCGAGAUUCUUGGGAAGUGUGAGUUUCUAAACCCUGGAGGAAGUGUGAAGGAUAGAGUUGCUGUGCAAAUCAUAAAAGAGGUAAACUAUGUUUUCUCUGAGCUUGUGUUUUGGAUUCUGUUUCAUUUCAGAUCACUCAGUACAGUCAGUCAGAUGUGUUGAGAUCUUAUGGACAUUGAAAUCCAGAUAAUAAUUGUAGGAUUAAAUU